AUGAUCAUAAGUUUAUGUUUGGGUUGUGGUUCACUUCUCUAUACUCUUAAUAAUCCAGAUCCGAAUACGACAAUACGUGCAUUUUGUAAGACACGUAUCUAUAUACUGCAGUCAACUUUCAUGAUGGCUCGUUGGAUGAUAACUAUUGCUUGUAUUGAUCGAUAUGCAUUGAGUUCAAGAAACGCGCGUCUACGGCGAGUCGCACAAGUACAUAUUGCACGCCGUGCAGUUGUUGUUAUUAUUUGUAUUUGGCUUAUUUUACCUAUUCAUACGAUUGUGUUCUACGAGAUACGUCCAGGUGCCGGUAUUUGCGCUAUCGUAUAUAAUCGAAUAGCAGCACUCUAUCACAGUUCUUAUACUAUAAUUACGGGGGGUAUCAUUCCUUUGAUCAUAAUGAUUACAUGUACUCUACUCAUUCGACGUAAUCUUGCCAUUAAACGCAGUAAACGUGAAGAACAUAUUAUCAAAAGUAGUUCUACUAUUCAAAAGAGUCAUGCACGUAUACAACGUACACGAGAUCAAAAUGCAUUAGCCAUGUUAUUCGUACAAGUUGUCGUCUACUGUUUCGUUCAAGCACCUCAAUUAAUCUAUACGUUUUAUGCUUCAAUAGUUAUCAAUAUUCCAAAUAAAUCACCUGACCGUUUAGCUAUUGAACGAUUCGCAUUCUUUUUCGCUGAAUUGUGUGUCUAUUUAUUUCCUGUUACAGCAUUCUAUUUGUAUAUAUUAGUAUCGCGGAGUUUUCGAGACGAACUAUUUAGUCUUGUAAGCACGUCAAACAUGGUAUGUUUUCAUCGUCGAGAUAUUCGUGUUGAACCAUUAGCAAAUGUGGUGAAUACUGGUACAGAACGUGAAGAUAAACAUGCGACUGCCGUAACAGUAUCACGUCAAAAACAAUUGAUGGAGUAUCCACUUAGUGAAUUACCCAAUAUCAUGUCAAGUCCCUGGUUCAAAUAA